AUAAAGAACGCCAGGUCCAGUGGGGAGUGUACGGAGCCGUUAGUCGAGUGUGUGUGUGUACAUGAGCCUGGCCCCAUGAUGAUGAUGAAAGGCCUUUCCAGCAGCCGCAGCCACCACCACAUGGUGGCCUGUGAGCCUUCGUAUGACCCUAUGGGUCACCACGGUGAUCGCAAGCCCUACCUCAUCAGCCAGAUUGAGGCUCCACCUCCUCCUGAUCAUCCGUAUUACUCGUCACGAAGCUCGUACCAGCCGGACUGCGUGGUGCCUUAUGGGACCUUCCCGCGGCGCCACUACAGCACAAGCCAUGAGCCUAAGGAGGAGUGUGCUGUCGUGCCCUACACUGGUGGAAUGGGGCCUGUGGGAAAAUGCCAACGUGUGCCAGUUAACCUGCUGGAACAUCUGGAUCGGCAGCUUCCAAUGGCACGGGAUGGCUAUCACACAUUACAGUAUAAACGCGCAGCAGCUGCUGCAGCUGCUUUAGAGCAGCGCAAUGACAGUCCUGGGCGUAUCCGGCACUUGGUGCACUCAGUGCAGAAACUUUUCACCAAGUCACACUCGUUAGAGGGGCCUCACCACGGUGGACAUGGGCACAGACACAGUAAGAGUAGUAUGAACGGAAGCAAAGCGAGUCCUGACGGAGAGACCACGCCAGCACCAACACCACGGCAGCGCAAGCGGAGCAAGAGCCGUGAGCGCUGCAAAUCGGCUGAGCCCAAGCAGCGGACACCACCUUCGGGAUACUGGAGCUCGGACGAGCUGGAGCGGGACGUCUGUCCUCUGCGCCAUGCCGCGCCAGGCAUCAUGACCGUGGGGCGUCACCCGGAGCGGGCGCAGUCUCAAUACUUCCUGGAGGCAUGCGGAGCAGAACCAACAAUGAAGAACUCGCGCAGCAGCAGUGAUGUGGCCAAGUGCACAACGUGUGCCAUCACGGCGCCAGGCACGGACGUGGCACAGCUGGCGAAGAAGAGUGCAUGGUCGUCCUCUCUCACGGUGAGCAGGGCGCGCCAGGUGUACCAGCAGGCUGCUGUAAAUCUAGAUAAGGCGCUAGUGAAAGCAGAAGCUUGUCAGCAGGAGCGCACAUGCCAAUUCUUGCAGGUGCCUCAGGACGAGUGGGGGGGUUUCCCCAUGGGGAAGGAAGAGGACAUCCCGUGCAGGCGCAUGCGCAGCGGCAGUUACGUUAAAGCCAUGGCCGAGGAUGACAGCGGCGACUCGGAUGGAAGUCCCAAACCGUCACCCAAGAUGCAGGCGAGACGAGCCAGCUACCUCAAAGCCACGCAGCCAUCACUCACAGAGAUGACCACGCUCAAUAUUUCUACAGAACACUCUCCGAAGCUGCAGAUCAGGAGUCACAGCUAUCUGCGAGCCGUCAGCGAAGUUUCCAUCAACAGGAGUAUGGAGAGUCUGGAUCCUAAAGCUCUUCUCGCGUCGCCUCAAUACCGCUCACGCAACGAGAGCUACAUGAGGGCUAUGAGCACCAUUAGCCAGGUGAGCGAGGUGGAGGUGAACGGUCAGAUCGAGGCUGUAUGUGAAAGUGUCUUCAGCGAGAUGGAGUCUCAGGCGGUAGACGCGCUGGAUUUGCCGGUUCCCGGAUGUUUCCGGAUGCGGAGUCACAGCUACGUACGCGCCAUCGAUCAGGGCUGCUCGCAGGACGAGGACGGACCGUUACUGCCUGCGUCACCACCACGGACCACCACCACGGUCCGGACCAUUCAGAGCAGCACAGGAACAAAGCGUUUGUCCUCGUCAGUGGCCAUGUCAUCAUGUAUCACCACCUAUAAGAAGACGCCUCCACCGGUGCCUCCGCGCUCCUCCACCAAGCCCUUCAUCAGCAUCACGGCUCAGAGCAGCACCGAGUCAGCGCAGGACGCCUACAUGGAUGGUCCGAGUCAUCGCCAUGGCGACACGGCACUGCACUCGGCUCUCAGUAACUCGACAGAGAGCAUCGACAGCAUGAAGGCUCUGACGGCCGCCAUCGAGGCGGCGAACGCACAGGUGCACGGCCCCGCAAGCCAACACGUCAGCUCCAGCAGCACCGCCUGCCCCGCCUCGCCCCUCCCCCUGCCCCUCCCUGUCCCUGUCCCCAUCCCCGUUCCCAUACAGGUCCCCACACUGGAGGACGCACAUAGGGAAGCUCUCCGCAAGGGCCGGUGUCUCUCCAUCGGCAUACAGGUGGAUGGCCCUGAAGAUCAGGACGCAGAGGACCAGUCGAAGUUUCAGUCAGUAGGAAUCCAAGUUGAAGAUGAGAGAAGUCAUCGUCGGAUCAUGCGGUCCAACAGUGUGACGGCGGCAGUACAGGCAGACCUGGACAUUCCUGAUUUCUCUCCCACCGAGUCUCCAGACGCUGACAUCACCUUCUCUCGGGACGCCACAGCCUCCACGGUAAGCAUCCAGGGCUCGGGGAACCACUACCACGCCUGCACCUCAGACGACUACUCUUCCGUGGGCUUUGACCCAUCUGUGCUGCCGCCUCCGGAGCCCUGGGUGGAUAGCGGCAUUCCCGAGGACCCGCUCCAGAGCGCACGGAGCCGCUCUGUGUGUCAGCGUGACGGACGCUGGUUCCUCAAACUGCUGCAGGCCGAAGCCGAGCGCAUGGAGGGUUGGUGCAGGCAGAUGGAGCAGGAGGAACGGCGCAACGAGCUUCCCGAUGACAUUCUGGGGAAGAUCCGCAGUGCAGUAGGCAGUGCCCAGCUUCUCAUGUCUCAAAAGUUCCAGCAGUUCAGAGAGCUGUGUGAGGAGAACCUGAAUCCCAACGCUCACCCGCGGCCCGUGGCUCAGGAUCUGGCCGGCUUCUGGGACAUGCUGCAGCUCUCCAUUGAGAACAUCAGCCUGAAGUUCGAUGAGCUACACCAGCUCAAGGCCAACAACUGGAGACCCCUUGACCCCCCUGAGAGAAAGAGCAACACCACAGAAAGGAGGUUGCCUCCCCCUGUGCCAAAGAAACCGGUGAAGUGCCAUCCUCCUCUGGCACGAGAUCGCUCUCUCGAGAGUUCGGAGAAACAGCGGCAGGAAGCUCGCAAACGCUUAAUGGCAGCCAAGCGAGCUGCGUCCGUGCGCCAGAACUCAGCCACCGAGAGUGCAGACAGCAUCGAGAUCUACAUCCCUGAAGCCCAGACCAGACUCUAG